UGGAGCCUGGACUGGCUUAUAAAAACCUUCUUGGCUCAGUGCACUUCACCAGUGCUGGCUUCUUGCUAUAGCUCCACAUUCCUGUGCAUUGAAGGGUUAACGUGAGGCUGAGAAGAUGAGUAAGCUUGAACAGCACAUGGAGGGAAUCAUCAACGUCUUCCACCAAUACUCAAUUAGGACGGGAGAUUAUGACACCCUCUCUAAGGGUGAGCUGAGCCAGCUGUUGUCAAAGGAACUUGCAAACACCAUCAAGAAUACCAGAGACAAAGAGACUGUUGACAAUAUAUUCGCCGGUCUGGAUACCAAUAGAGAUCAGCAGGUCGACUUUGUUGAAUUCAUGACCCUGGUGGCCUCUGUGCUAAAGACUGCCCACGAGAAUAUCCACAAAGAGUAGGAAGCUCUCUGAGGGCCUUUUCCCCAGCAAUGUCCCCAAGGAGGGCCAUUAAUUUCCCUCUCCCAAACCCAGCCUUCCCUGAGGGGAGUGAGAGUCAAUAAAUGUGCUCAUGAAAAGUUC